UUGAGUUGGAAGGGCAGAGGGAAAUGGGGGAAAGUUAGAAAGGUCUGGGCGUCUGGGAGGGCAUCUUGAAGGGAGGAGGCUGUGUAUGGAAAGUGUGAAAUGGAGGCCAGGAGUCAACAGGAGAUGUUUGCAAGGGGAAGUGUAGUUGGGAGUCCGGUAAGGGUGGUGAUGGGCAGGUACUCGUCAAUAGAGGAAAGGGAGCUGGGGGUUGGUGGAAACCUAGACCUUCUUUCUCAGGAGGACUGCUUCGCUUCAUCUGACACCAGAAUCUUCCGGCAAGGAGAAAGAUGUCAGACGAAGAAGAUGUGGACGACUUGGAGCCAGAACAGGAUGAUCUGGAAAAAGAGGAUGAUAAGGAUACAGAGGAGUGGGAAGACUACAGAAAAGAGGGGGAAGAUGCAUCUGAGGAAUGGCUGCCCUUGUCCCUGACAGAGGAGAUGGUGAAGGAAGGGCUGUCUAUGCUCUGUAAGACGGGGAAUGGACUGGCUCACGCUUAUGUUAAGCUGGAUCUUAAAGACAGAGACCUGACAGACAUUUCCCUGUUGUGUUCCUUUAUCCAUCUGCGCUAUGUGGAUAUCUCUGAGAACCACUUGACCGACCUGGCGCCACUCAGUAACCUCACCCACCUGCUGUGGCUCAAGGCCGAUGGCAACCAGCUCCGGAGUGCCCAGCUGAAUGAACUGCCCUACCUACAGAUUGCCAGUUUUGCCUACAACCAGAUCACGGACACUGAAGGCAUCUGUCAUCCUCGGCUCACAAGCCUGGAUCUCAAAGGGAACCGAAUCCAGGUGGUGAAUGGUCUGGACCCUGAGAAGUUGAAAAGCCUGCACACCCUGGAGCUCCGGAGGAAUCAGCUGUACACCACCGUGGGAAUCAACCUUCCUAAGCUGAAGAAGCUCUUUCUGGCCCAGAACAUGCUGAAGAAAGUGGAAGGCUUGGAAAACCUAAGCGAUCUCACCACCUUACACCUGCGAGACAACCACAUUGAAACUCUGAGCGGCUUUUCCAAGGAAAUGCAGUCUCUGCAGUACCUCAACUUGAGGGGCAACUCGAUAACUAGCCUGGGGGAGCUGGCCAAGCUACAGGAACUGCCCAAGCUGCGAGCUUUGGUGCUGCUGGAGAAUCCGUGCACAGAUGAGACUGACUACCGCCAAGAGGCCCUGGUACAGUUGCCACACCUUGAGCGCCUGGACAAGGAGUUCUUUGAGGAAGAGGAAAGAGCUGAGGCUGAUGAGAUCCGUCAGAGGAUAAAAGAGGACCCAGAGCAGGAGCCAGAGCCUGAGCAUGACCUGGAACCGGACUAGCCAUCGUCUAGCAGCAGUGCUGGUCUCUAAGCACAGUAAGGAAAGCAACGAGUGAGACCUGGCCCAAAGACCUGAUGAGACCGCGGGGUGGGGAGUGGGGAUCCCAUAUUCACUCAGAUAUCACAGGGGACCGACUGGGGGGGG